AGAAUGACUUGUGGUUCUGAGAGAGUGACUUGUGGUUCUGAGAGAAUGACUUGUGGUUCUGAGAGAAUGACUUGUGGUUCUGAGAGAAUGACUUGUGGUUCUGAGAGAAUGACUUGUGGUUCUGAGAGAAUGACUUGUGGUUCUGAGAGAAUGACUUGUGGUUCUGAGAGAGUGACUUGUGGUUCUGAGAGAAUGACUUGUGGUUCUGAGAGAAUGACUUGUGGUUCUGAGAGAAUGACGUGUGGUUCUGAGAGAGUGACUUGUGGUUCUGAGAGAAUGACUUGUGGUUCUGAGAGA